UGACAUUGACUUUUGUGUUGUGUGGUUCGGCUCGAUAAUUUAUUUUAUUUAUAAAAAAGGUUUGAAUUUUGAAUUUUCUGAAUGUUAGUUUUGUUAUAAUAUAAUGAUUUUGUUGCAGGUAAUAAAAGAAACAUUUAAAAGGUCUUUUUCAACCAUGCAUCCAAAAAUGGUGCGAUAUCUAGGGCAGAAAGAAGCACAAUCGAUAGAUUUAGAACUAUUUGAUGAAUAUUCUUUUUCUGUUGACCAAUUAAUGGAAUUAGCUGGACUAAGUUGUGCUGUAGCCGUUACAAAAUGCUAUCCUCAGUCAAAAAUGGGUAACAAGUCUAUAAUGAUUUGUGUUGGCCCAGGUAAUAAUGGUGGUGAUGGUUUGGUUUGUGCCAGACAUUUGAAACUCUUUAAUUAUCAACCAAUAGUGUAUUACCCAAAACGAUCAGACCAACAGCUUUUCCGCAACCUUACUAGCCAGUGCACUUUAAUGAACAUACCUGUAAUACAAAGUUUACCUGAAAAAUCUACAAUUGAAUGUGAAUUUGGUCUCAUAGUUGAUGCAUUAUUCGGAUUCAGUUUUAAACCACCUGUGAGGGAACAAUUUAUACCAAUUAUUAAGCUGAUGAGAGACACCACAGUACCUAUAGCAAGCAUUGACAUACCGAGUGGAUGGGAUGUAGAGACGGGACCACCAGAAGAUGCCAUUAAACCAGAUUUGCUCAUCUCCCUUACAGCUCCUAAAUUGUGUGCUCAACAUUAUAAAGGGAGAUAUCAUUAUUUGGGUGGUAGAUUCGUACCACCUAGAUUAGAAGAAAAAUAUAAUUUGAAUCUUCCAAAAUAUCCUGGUACAGACUGCUGUGUGUUGCUUUCACAAACAAAAUGUUCAGAUUAAAUAAUAAAAAAGUGUAAAUGUAUACACACACAAUGUAAGUAUUUGGAUGUCAGGAAAGAGAUAAAAUAGAAGUUUUCCCAAAAUAAAGCACAUGCUUAUGACGCUGGCGCAGGUUAAAUAACAAUAUUUUAGGGCUGUGUUGAAAAAACACCAACAGAUCAAUUUAUUCAUAUCCCAUUGUUUCAAAUGUAUUCAAAUGAUUUUUUAUAGAUCUUUUAUUACAAGACAUUUGAAUUAAGCAGUAGCAGAUCCUGUAAAAGUGAGCAUGUGCACUAGUAUGACUAAAAAUAUUACUGUAAUAAUAGGUACCUUAAUUAAUUUAAAAUUAACUUAUCUCAAAAUGAUCUUCACAACAAAAUGGAUUAUGUAUACUCGAAAGAACUUUGUUUAUUCUAUUGUCUUUCUUCAUAGUAUUACACCACUGUGGUUUGUGUCAAAAAAAGUUCAACAGAUUAAUAUAUUCAUGUCUAAUAAGGCUGGCCCCAAUCUUAUGCGGUCCUUGUAUAGGAUUUACUGUCACAUUUCUUAACAGUACAUACAGUAUCUUGCUUCCUUUUCUAUUUUUUAAUUGUAUUUUAUAAAUCAAUUAUUUUUUUUGACAGCUUGUUAGAUGUACCUAACUUCUCAGUAUCCCCAUCUGGUGUGCUUUUCUGACUUUCAAAUUACCACAUAUUUAUCUACCCAAUGUGUUAGUAAAUAAGAUAAUUUUUAUGAUACAGGGUGCUUUCAAAUUCGCCUCAUAUAGAACACAAAAGGUUAUUCAUCAUUCAAAAUUAGAUAACUUAAAAACUGCAUAAAGAACUCAAAAGUAACUUUUUAAAAGAACUAAACUACAAAGUAAGGUUGUAAGUUGAUGCUUCUUGCCACCACUUUCAAUUUACACCUCCCCAAAUAUGGAGUCAUGUUGGUAUAAGUAGUGUAAAUUUCAGGAGGUUUUUUUAUUUUUAGAAAUCUUGGAAAUUUUUGAUUAUACAAUAAUAAUAAUAUUUAUUUGGCUUUGAGACAUACAUAUUUACAAUAUUUUAAAAAGGUUAAAAAAUGUAUAAACAUAUAAGACCUAUUAGUCUUUUCAACACAUACAAUUUUAAAAAGUAAAGACAUCCUACAAUUGAGUUUAAAAAUAGUAUCCAAUAGGGCAAAAACAUUAGACAAUAAUUAUAAUAAAUAGAUAUGCAUAAAGUUCAGAUGCAUUUUUUGCUGAUGUUCCAAAAGUUGUGUCAUCUACAUAUAUAAUUUUGGUACUUUGACUUGUACAAGAUAGAGCUAAGUCAUUAAUAAAAACUAAAAAUCAAACAGGGCCUAAUAUUGAGCCCUGCGGUACUCCCGUUGUCACAUUUAGACUAUUUGAUUUACUGCAUCUGAUGGUUACAACUUGUUCAUGGUUGUUUAAAUAUGACUGUAUCCACUUAUUUGGCGGGCACCUUAUACCUAUUCGGUACAAUUUAUCUACUAGCAGCCGAUGGUCAAUUGAGUCAAGGCUCGUGAGAGGUCGAAGUAUAAGGUAAUAUUUAAUUCCUUGAUAUUUAAAGAUGUGUAAACAAAAUCGCAUAACUCCCAUAUAGCACUAGAUGUUGUUGACUUAUUUCUGCGAAAACCAUGUUGAAAUUUACUUAAAAGUCUAUUAUAUUCUAGAAAUUUAAUAAACAUGUUAUUAUAGGUCAUUUCGAAUACUUUAGCCAGUUGACUUUGAAUGCAGAUGUUCCUAUAGUUUGCCAUGUCAUUUACAGACCCUUUAUUUUUAUAUCGUCGGUCUAAAGUACACUUAUCGUAUAUCCAAAAACCAAUGACAUUACAACUGAGACCAAAUUGUUUACAUUUUUAUGUGGCAAAUCAUUAUUCCCACCAGAUUCUCGUUUAUUGCGUCUUUGCCGGUUUUAUCAGUCUGUAAAUAUUAUUUGGAGAAAUUACUUUCGAAAAAUAAAAUUUGAUGUAUCCUAUAACUAUAAUUUUAUAUUACAUAAAUAAAAAUAUGUUUUUAAUCAAAUUAUUCUUUAAAGUUUUAAUAUAAGCUAAUUUUUUUAUUAAAAAUCAAUAUUAAUCUAAACAAAAUAUUAGGGUUACAAAGAACUCCGUAAAUACGGCAACGCUGAAUAUCUAAUUUUACGAAUUUACAACUAGUACCUAUUUUUAUGAAUGAAAUGUAGUUACCGUAACCAGCGGCAACGUUUCCAAUCGGGUCUAACAGCUAUUUUGUGUUUCUGACAGUUUCUGUGUGACUUUAUUGAUUUAUUCAUUUAUAAAAUACUAUUUUUGUGAACUUUUGUGAAAAAUAUAAAGAAUUAUGGUACAUGCAUGUGUAGAUCAUUUAAAUCGAAAAGUAUUUUUAGGUUGAUUUCCACUGGUUCAUUUGAAUCAGUGGAGUAGGGCACCCGUCUUAAGACUGUUUUGACUAUACAAUUUCUUGUACAAGAUUUGAUACAAUUUCUUAUAGAAUUUAAAUUGUAUAGGAUCACAUAGUAAAUUGUUUGGAAAAUGAUUAUCCAAUCUAAUUUUUCAGACAAUUUACUGCAGGUUUGAUAAUAUCAAUUUAAAUUGUACAAGAAAUUGUAUCAAAAACUUGUGUAAUCUAAAACAGUCUUAAAACAGUUUUUAAAGUGAUAUUCCUUUUAUAAAUUAGUAAAUUAUUCUUAUACCAAUAAAUAAUUAUUGAAAAGUGGCAAAGAAAAUUUAACGUAAAAUGUAGAAUACCUUAAAAAUGAUUUACCUAUUAGGCACCUAUACAUAUUUUUUAAUAUUCUAUUUAGGUUUCCGCAAGAUCCUGAGAAAAGAAAACUUUGAUUUUCUCUAAUAGGGAUCCUUGAAAAGCAGCACUUCGUAAAAACCCAGAGUUGUGUUCAGAACACUUUUUUCCUGAAGAUGUUUUGGUACGUGCAAAUGGUGCUAAAUAUAUCAGAGAAGAUGCAAACCCCAGACGGUGUGAGAUCUUUCUAUUUUUGGAUGACUUAUCCAACAGGUAAAAAUACAAAAUAUAAAUUUUUUGUUUACCUCUAAACAUUAUUUAUUACCUAUAUGUACGUAUAUCUAAUAUAUGGGUCUUUAGUUCUGAUUUAACUGUUUUUGGAACACCAUCUGCGGCAAAAAAAACAUUGCAGUAAGUAAUAACACUAAUAACUAAGCAUAAAAAAAUUAAGAGAAAUUUUAGUUAAUAAAAUUAAGAUAUUUAAUAUAUUUAAAAUGUUAUUUUAAAAAUUUUUACAGUUUUUUUACGAUAUUUUUUGCCAUACCAUGUUUUUUUAUUUUUAGGACAGUGUUUUAUUUAAAUACCACUACAUACUUAAUGUUAAUUUAAAAUUUUAAAUAAUUUUGGUUAACAUCAUACCAGGCAAAUAUAUAGUAAAUGCCAAUAAACUAUAAACCAAUAAAUAUUAAAAAUCGGAAGGUAACUUGAAUUCUCUUGUAUUUGAAUUUUACUUGUACUUAAAUUUACCUAAAUGAAAAAAUCAUAAUUAUAUUAUUAAAAAAAUAUACCUACUUAUUUACAUAUUUUUUUAACAUACUACUCUGACAAUACUGGUAAGUUUAAACUCUACGCCACUGGCGAGCAUAUUAUGGACACUGUUCACAACGUUGCCAGCCGGUCCUAAGAGAUCUGUCUUUCUCUCUUCCACUCACUAACAAUUUUAAAACAAUAACAGUCCGCAAUUGUAUGGGAUUUAUGAAUGAAACAUUUUGUCUCUAUGUUGUAAUGUCUUUGCCAAAAACCCAUUUUUUGACAAUCGCAAAUUUAAACUUCAGCGAGGUGUUCACGUUCUGUUGAAUACAAUUAUGAUUCAAAUUCGUGUUGAGAUUGAACAAUAGGGCGUACUUGUUAUAUUUAUUGAUUCUAAGGGGUUUGUGAAUACUGAUUGUACAUUUUUUUAAAGUUUGAAAAAAAGGAAGCGGAGAUACAAUAUGUGUACUCUACAUUUCAAAGAACAAUCAUCGUAUCUCCUUAUUCAAACCUGCUAAACUAUAUGUAAUUUUAUGAAAACGUACAGUAAAAUAUGGAAAAUAAAAUAAGCUACUAAUGUUGUUACAACUUGGGUAAGAUAAUAAUUAUCUAGAUAUUUAAUAUUAUUUUUUAUUCAUAACAAUCGUAAUGCAACCGAAUAUAUUGAUUCAUUUUUAAUAUAAUGUAUAAAUUUAAAUAAAACAAUGGGUACAUUUUCUAUGAUUAGUUUUUAUUAAUUUAAUAAUAGUUUUUGAACAGUAGUUGUUAACAAGUUAGGUAACCACAGUGGCGUGCCAAGAUCUUCGGGGGCCCCUCCGCAAUUUUUUUCAAGAGGCCGCCCUCUACAUCAAAAAAUUAAUAUACUGCCUAUACUGGGUGACAACGAAACUACUGUCUACGGUGAUAUUUCAAAUCGGUUUAUAGAUAGAAAAAAAUUGGUGUGACCUCACCUUUAAAUAUUGAUUUUUUUCUUGUACUUUUUGAAGAAUAAGAAUUCUAAUUAAUAAACUUCAUAGCGUCAUUAACGUACCAAAUUCCAUCUAUAGUAUAUGGCCAAUAUGAGUUCUGUUUUAGGUUUGGAAAACUACAGAACAUAAGAUAUAACAUUAUUUAAUAAAUAUUACUAACACAAAAUUGUAACAAAAAAUAAACAAAUAAAACAUUUAUAACUAACACAAAAAUGUAAAAAAACAUUAACUCUAAAAAUGUUAUUAUUAUUUGAAUCGCAUUUCAGAUUGGUUUAAUAAAACGGCUUUUCUUAAGAAUUCAAUAAAAUUGAAAUAUAAGGUUAAUGAAAGUGUCUUUUAUGUAACUAAAAAAAAAUUAAAUUUUUUGACCGUCUGUGAAACGAGAUAUUAACAAUCAAAAUGUGCAUAAUUAACACUCUUGAAGCCUCUCAUGUACACAAGUAAUGCUUUUAUUUUAAGAUAUCUCGAAAACGGUUCUUACCAUAUUUUUUAAAAACUAAUGUAAUGUAAAUCAAGAACUUUUCUAAAGAAACGCUGAAUUUUUUGACCAUCUUAGUAAAAAGAUAGAUUUUUAAAAUAAAAAUAUUUUUAAAGCAAUCGACGCGUAGUUGCGUAAAAUUAUUAUAACUUGGCAACGUUGUAUACGCUGUAAUCAACGCCUUGUACCAAAAUAACACUCGAUCAGCUAAGAGGAUGUUAUAACCUCGCGACGUUUUCUUGAAAAAAUAAUUCGUCCACUGCAUUUAAGAACUGGAAUCAGCGGUUCUGUUUGAACCAAAAGAAACCCUUAAAAUUAAUAUGAGGAAGUCACAAAUUUCUAUAGUAAACGAUUCAUUUAUUUAUGAGGUUGCCGGAUGGAUUUUAAUAUUAAAAUCCAUAUAUUUAUAAACUUACAUGUGUUUUGUACAGUCUCUUACAAAAAUAAAAUUGAUUAGCAUUGAGAAUCUCGAACUAUUGGUAUUCACCAUUCGCUUCACAUCUAAAAUACAUACAAUUAUAUAAAACACAUUUCGCAUGGUGCGACCACAUGUGCGACCCGACCGAGAAGUGUCGUGGAGACCCUUCUCGCUUUGAUGCGUAUCGCACUCGAGGUCACUGUCCUCGGCAUCGCUUUUUCGGUCGGUCGGAAAUUUCUUUCGAUCUAGGCAGCGUUGCCAGAUUUUGAAACAGUAUGGGUAAAAAAAAACCGUAGAUCUGAACAGUAGAUUUUAAUAAAGGGGAAAAUAAUUAUAAUUUGCAGUGUAGUAAAUAAAAAAAACAAGUAUAUAAGAAACGAAAAAUAAACUUUUCUACCCAAAUUAGAAAGUAAACAAAGAAUAAAAACAUUUUUAAUAUAUACUUAACGUACAGGAAAAAAACCAAUGAAAAAUAAUAAGUACCUACUUCUUUUAGAUCAGUCUGAAUUAGAUAAUUCAAAAUCGUAGUGUUUGGCAUAUGCAUGUUCUUUUUAUGAUGCCCUAUUAAUUCUUCGUUUCAUUUUAAAUAAAAACAAUGAUUAUCUUGAUGUUUUUUUUUUAUGGAGCCAACCUACAGUAGUGGAUGCUUAUUACGCUGCUUUUACUGCAGAAAAUUUACUAGAGAAAAUAUUGUUUACCCAUUUGCUGAAGAAUGAGGCAAACUUAAUAAAUUAAGAACAAAAUUUGCUAGAGACAAAAACAGUAGAUCUACGUGAAAAUAGUAGGUCUGGCAACGCUGAUUGUUCCCUCGAAAGGAUAGGGUAAAAUUUAUGCACCUGUUGUCCUACUCGACCUUGGAGUCGGUCCAGUGGUCGCUUGUCGUCUGUCGCGCCUACCGAAAUGGUAUCUUUAAGGAGGUCCUUUCGCCACCAAUGUUAAAUAAAAAAUAUUAGAUUAUGACUAAAAUUAAUUUUUUUCUAAUAGUUGAAGUCAUUAUUUAUCUAAUAGUGAACUUUUAACUAUACCUUACCGUGCAAAUUUUUGAGAAUUUUUUUUUUUUAAUGUGAGUAUUUGUACAGUGUCUUACGAGAAAGUAAGACUUCAACAACAAUUUUCGAAUUAUAAUUAAGUAUACUAUUAUUUAUUGAUUAAACAGGGCAAAAAAAAACUAAAAAUAAGGUUUUUGAAAUAUUUAGGUUUUGUUUUUUACAAUAAAAUAUAUAGGUUACCGUGGAAUUUAUUGAGAAAUUAAUAUUAAAAAAUAACAAAAAAAUUUUCAACUAGGUUACUUGAAUUUUCCACGAAGUUUAAAAUGACAUUUUUACAUUAACAAUGUCAUUUUAAUCUCCGUUUAACACAACGGUGGAAUCGGCCCUAAAGGAAACAUUUUUUUAUUGGAUUUCUACUCAUUGAGUAACAUCUACUUGAAAAUUUUGCUGCGCGAAAAAAAGUUGGCCAUAUUAUAUAUGGUUUGCUAUAAAAAAACAUUUUUAGCCAAAAUGUUUUCCCCAAAAAACUAUAAAACUUUGUUUUUUUUUAUAAAAGGCGGUAUUUAACUGUAACUCUUUAAUUUAAACACUCGGUAUAUUUGACAUUUUUUUGGAACCAGUAGAUAUAUUCAUUUGUUUUUCAGAAUAUAUUAAUUAUUGUUCUUAACCUACAACACGAUCAGGGGGUCGAUUCUCGAUUCGUAGGAAUUCUGUUUCUCGCGGGCCAUAUUUGCUGGUCGUAUUGUAUGUAGGGUUUAUUUAAAUGAGUAUGGAUAUAUUAAAAAAAACAGAACUAUUCCAAAAGAAUACAAAAAACAAUUCGAGAACAGUACAAGUUGUAUUUAUUGGAUUUGAAAUACAAACCAAAUUUGUGUAGGUUACGGAGAAGUAUUACCCAGAUAGCACAAAGUCGUCUUAAAGACGUCUUUAAGACGUCUAGCAUAAGACAUUCGAGACGUCUGGUAUUUCCUGAAAGACGUCUUAGAAGACGUCUGAUGUUACAAAAAGCGACGUCUUUAAGACGUCUUAUUAAUGGCUUAUAUUGGUCUGUAGAGCUUAAAAUAACCCAUAAAUAAGACGUCUUUAAGACGACUUAUUAAUAGCGUUUAAUGGUCUUGUAAAGCCUUAAAUAAGCCAUAAAUAAGAUGUCUUUAAGACGUCUUAUUAAUGGCUUAUAAAGUUCUUGUGAAGCUUUAAAAAGCCAUAAAUAAGACGUCUUUAAGACGACUUAUUAAUAGCUUAUAAUGGUCUUGUGAAGCCUUAAAUAAGACGUCUUAUUAAUGGCUUAUAAUGGUCUUGUGAAGCUUUAAACAAGCCAUAAAUAAGACGACUUAUUAUUAAUAGCUUAUAAUGGUCUUGUAAAGCCAUAAAUAAGUCUCUUUUGUCUUAUGAACGUAGGACGUCGAAUAUCUUGGUUAUUAAAAAGUAGAACAACCUUGCAGAUUAUAAAUAAUGCAAAAAAAUAGAAUUAAAAUAUUUAUUGAUAAAACAUCUAAAAAUCACAGGUCACUAAGAAUUAUUUUCUUUGUAGCGCAUUCGAUCACUCCUCUUUAGCCCUAAUUGGAUUGAUUUUUCUCUUUGAUUUGUAGUUGCCUUUGUAUAGCUCCUAAAAAGAAAUUUAGUUAAGAGCAUCUAGUCACAGAAAAUUAUACUUUGCAAAAGUAAAAACCGACAGAACAGUUAUCUAUAAAACAAAACAAAAAAUUAAUUUCUUAGAAUUUUAAAUCAAAAAUUUUUAUAAUCAUUUAAUGCAAUAUGAGCUUAAUCGCCUACUUUAACAAUUUUACUUUAACUAAAAAUGGCUAUCUAAUAGGGAGUUUUUGAUAUUAUUAGUUCUCAAAAUCUUCAUAAAAAUAAAAAUGAUACUUGACGAAUAUCUGAAUUAAAUCUUAUAUUAAGAUGUUUACUUUUAAAUUAAUUUAAUUAUUCUUAGAAGAAACAGGAUAUUAAUGUUCUAUGUAUAUAAACAAAUAUUCAUUUAUUACCUGUAUUUCAGGAACAUGCUACAUCGGUAACACGUAACUAUUCUUCCCUCUCUGGUUUUUGUCCCAUAUUAUUUAAGUAGAAAGAGACAAAUGCUCAAAAUAGCCCAAAGUCGCUUUUGGUGGCUAUAAUCGUGUAUGCAAUAAAAUAAUCAAUAAUUCACAAUGAGCUUGGGCCAUACACAGUUUUGGCUUGGGUUUGAAUGUAUUUCUUCUUUUCUUCGUUUUAUAUGGGCUCAUUGCAAUCUUUUUACUUUUCCACUGCACUUGAUAUUUGAUUUCAAUUGUCUUCUCCAAAUAUAACACUGACUAUUUUGUUUAAUUUUGUAUACUUUUUAAAUUCGGAUGGUCACUUUUAUACUAGAUAUUUUGUGAUUUAUAUGGAAUUUCUGGGCUCCCGAUUCGGAGAACGCCAUUUCAAUAUUGCCACGAUGGUGUCCGAAUCGAAAGUCCGGCUUGAAUAUAAUGUUAAAUCAAACGUCAAACUUCACUUCAUUUAAUUCUUCUUGUUAAAUUUGAAUUAUGUAAACCGUGCAAGUUUCCGUCCGACUGAAAGACGUUCGUAAGACGUCUUAAAGCUUUCUCAUUAAUAUAUGGAUUUGACAAGACGUCUUUAAGACGUCUUAAGAACGUCUUUGAGCUCUCACAUUAAUACGUCUGAAUUAUGGCUUUUGCAAGACGUCUUAUAAGACGUCUUAAUAACGUCCUAGGACAUUGAGACCAAACCAAGAUUCGCAGUGCUACUUUAGGAACAGCACUGUUAAUAAGAAUCCAAUAGUAAAUGGUUGAAUGGGCAAUCCUAACUUUGAAUCAGAUUUAUUUUUAAAAUAAUUAAAUAAAUUAAAAAAAAAUUCCUUACAAAUAGUACUUGCUGUAUUAGGUAGAUGGCAAUUUAGUUGUAAAAUUUGUAAAAAAGUGCUUUUAUUAUUUAGAACACAUCCUGAUUCACAAUGAAAAAUGAGAGGGAAUGCAAAAAUCACUAUAACGACACUUCAUAUUAUUAAGCUCUUUGGCUAUCGUUGAUGAACGACAAUUUUACAACCAUAUUUGUCUAUUUUCAACGGCAAUCGUUGUCUACUGAAUAAGAACGAUUAUCGUCUAUUAACGACGUCGUUCAGAGUUACUGAAUAGGCCCCUUAGACGCGAUUCACCCAUUGUCGAUCUUUUCGUUCUGCUUAAGCCGGUGUAACAGGUAGUACUAGAAACAACUGAAAUGCGGUGCAAAUAUCAGGUACACUACUAAUCAACAAUUGAUUUUCGAAAAAAAAAUCAGAAAAUUCCCAAAAACUGUUAAGAUUUUGCAGGCUAACAUAUAGGAGGUGUUUUAUUUGAAUUAGCUCCGGCGCAAAAUUUUGUGUGAGAUCGUCUGGAUAUUUUUAUCGUCGUUUUGGAUUUUAUAUCCCUACGUUGUCGUGUUGUCGAAUUUUGCUAUAAAAUAGGUACUGAUAAGGCAAAAUAUAUUUAAUUUGAUUUUGGAAAAUUAUGAGGUCUAGACAUAUUCCGCCGCUAUAAAAUUAAGUAUAAGUAUUAUAGUUAUUACUAUGUAAAAAACUUACUCGAGGCUGAGCGGGGACCCCCGGAACCCACAUAGCACACGGACAUCUAAAAAACGUCCUUUAGGGACAUAAAGGACGUCCGAGGGACGUCCUAUUUUGGUACCGGGACGUCAAUCGAACGUCCCAUGGGCGUCCUAAUGUCCCGUUUCUGUCCAUCUUAGGGACGUCCCUGGGACAUCCCAAAAGGACGUCAUAGGGACCUUUGCGGGACGUCCUAGGGACGUAAAUCAGACGUCCGAGGGACGAUAUUUGACCAUAAUCCAUAAAGGGUAAUAAUAACAAAAAUGUUAACAAUAAAAGAGCUUUAUUUAACAACUUUUAUCCUAAAAAACCUAGCUAGAGUUAAACGUUUUCAGUUUACAAAAAAAAAAAAAAACAGGAAUGAAUUAAAUUUAACACACAGCGCUGGCAAGAUGAAACCUUGGGUCCUACUUAUAGCUUGUGUCGACAAAACUGAAUAUUAUAAUUUUGUCCAAAUUAGUUUUGUUCCAACUUUCCGCCAUUAAGGUAUUUUCUUUCCGCCAGCGGCUAUCGACAAUACACAUCACUUAUUCUCACAUCAACACAAAACACUCACUUCACUUUAUAACCACUUUACCACCAGCAUCAAAAAAAUAACAAAUAACACUAUAUAACCUUCUUUUUUCUUCGUUAAUCUAACUCACUUAUUUAAGUUAAUUAUUGAAUGCCGAAAAUUGUAGCUAUUGUUCAUUUGAAAACGUCCUGUGCUAUCUGGGAAUCCCGGGCCCUCCCCGCAUUGCGGGCCCUUUUGGCACGCCACUGGGUAACCACGUGGGUACUUAUAAAAGCUGCUAUUAUGCAAACUAAUAAUACAAUGACGGGCCCAAAUGUAAGGUUUGUUCGGGUUUCCUUAAAACUCGAUGCAAACCGUCCGAGAACUAGUGGAACAGUUCAAUUCUAAAGUAUACGUCGCACACAACUAUUAAACUGUCCACUGGUCAACUAGUCCUCUGAUAGUUUUCAAUGUAUUUUAAAGAACCCGAACAGACCUAUUGUAUGGUGCCUAUUCGCUGUGUGCAUUUGGCUUGGAGGGGAUAGAUUGAGCUAUCGCAGCGCCUAUGGUGGCAUGAGUCGGCGAUUGUCCACAUCAUCGUAGUAGCGAUUAUUUUUAUUAUUGUCAAUAAUAAAUGGAUUUCAACACAAUUUUUAUCUUACAUGCAAUUCUACAAGAUAUUCUUUUUUCGUGACAGACGUUUGUCUAAUGACGCCAGCUCGGAUAAAAAGGCCAACACCUGACUCUCUGUGCUCUUCGACAUUUAUGACAUGCCCAGCUUCUACCAAAUCUUUACCUUUUCUUGGCGUUUCAGGCUGAAAGUUUAUGUCAUGAGAUAUUUUCUCAAAUCCAGUGUACAAGAUGACACUCAUGACAAAAAUGUAGCAUCUAAAAAUACAGAUAAAUUAAAUUGAUUUAUGACAUUCAAAACGCAGAUACUUCGUAUGCAUAACCUCCAAAUAUUUUUUUGUCAUUUACUUACUUUUUGUGCGACAGAAACAAUUUUUGUUAGUCUAUCAACUAACAGCGAACACAAAACUUGUUGCAACACUUAAUUGUUGAAAAAGAAUUUUCAAGUUCAACUACUGUUGAGUGUGAGGUGUAUAGCAAGUAUGCGGGAAUGAAUGAGGAGAACUGUCGCUAUCCCGUCACCAGAGAGCGCUACCAGUCUUGCACACAGCGAAUAUCAUGGAGAUACAAUUUUUGUGAAUUUUGGUAGGUAAUUUCUGACAGCCACAAAUAUUAUAUGGUGCUUACAACAAAUGUGCACUAGAAAGUGUAAUUAAAUGCCAUAAUUCUCAGUUUUAAGUUUGAAUUUAUUGUAGUUUGGUGGGUGUUGGAGCUACAAUGUUUGUGCUCAAUAAAGAAGGCUAAAAUGCGAUUUAAUUGGUACCAAGAUCGUCAUAACAUUAAAUUUGGAGUUACAAUAUGUGUGCUUUAGAUCGACGAUAUAUAGGAAUGGAUUUUGAUUUUUUUAAUGAGCUAGGAUAGUCACCAUAUAAAAAAGACUCGUUUAUAAGGUAGGACAUAGGUACACUAAUAUCUUCAGCAAUAACAGACAAUAUUGUUCCAUCUAUUUUAUCUAUACCGGCAGAUUUUUUACAAGUUGUUUUCUGUAUAAUUUCUGUUAUUUCCUUUGGGGUAGUUGGAGUUAAAAAUGAGUGCUUAUAGAAAAAUCUUGAAGCCUUGCUUCACUAUAAUUUGGUAGAAGUCUACAUCAGUAAACUGAUUAUUAAAAGCAUUACAUAUAUUUUGUACACCAGAAAUUUUGUUGUCUUGACAAUUUAGCAUCUCGAUGGGUAAUUUUUUUACUGAUUUUCCUUUGGCCUCAUUUAAAAUUCUCCAACAUUCUUUUAUUUAAUUUUUUUGCAUUCAUUACCCUUUUUUUAUUAUUAUAGGAAAGUUGCUGAUUUGACUUUAUUAUUAUAAAUUAUUUUGAGUUUUUUAUAUCUAUCCCUAAUAGUAACAUUAUUACUAGUUAUGUAUAUACUAUGUAAUUCACACAGCAUCCCAUGCAGUGCACUUAGUUCUGCAUUAUAAAAAUUAUUUUUGUGGCGUUUAGGUUUAACUUUUAUAAAUGUAAAAGCGUUGUUGAAAUGGUACAAAAAAGUCGAAUAAAAGCUGUUAAAUUUAUUAUUGAACUCAGAUGAGUUAUACAUGUCUUCCCAUGACUCGUUAAUAAUUAUAUUUUUAAAGAUAAGCUUGUUACUGUCACUUAAAUCCGGAACAAAAGAUUGCGUAUUUUCUACCUGAUUUGUUAUUUGUAGGAAUGGUCUGAUAGGAAACUAUUUUGAACAAUAGCAUUUUUAUUUUCAAUAGAUGUAAAAAGUGGAUCAACUAAAGUUGAGCUAAUACUGCUGACCCGUGUUGGUUUUGUAACAAUGUUGUACAGGCCAAAUUCCCUAAAAAUGUUCAUAAAUAAUUUUCUUUCAUUACUAAGUAAGUCUACAUUUAUAUCACCGUAUACAGCAUACACAAUAUUUUAACACAAGAAAUGUCUAUUUAUAAUUACUUUAUUUAUAAAAAUUUAUACAAACACGAAAAAACCAAUCCUCAUCUGCUGCCUUCUUCCUGAUACCGAUCACAAUCAGAUUCAAUGUCACUCUGGUUCUCAUUCUCUUCAGCUACCUAAACUUUGAAGUCAAAGUCUAGUGAAGGGAUGCUGUUGCCAGGCUUACCUUGUUCAAUUUAUUAAGGUGAUUACAGCACCCCCUUAUAAUUUUUGGACAAGGAUAUCUCAAAAAGUAAUGUUUUUAGAAAACUUAAAUUUGGGCAACAUAAAUAAGGCAAUAAUAUCUAGAAUAUGCAUAUUUUUUAAAGUUUUAAUUCCUUCCAGUUUCCGAGAAAAAAAAUCAAAGGGCUUUAAAUUUUGAAAUAUCAUAAUGUAAAUAAAUGCAUUCCUCAACAACACUAUUCUUAAUUUAAGCUCUUAAUCUCUUGUUAAUGAUUUUUUAAAAUUCGCCGAAAUUAGUGGCUAAAACGCCUCGUUAAGUGCUAUUUUCUGGUUUAAACUGUUGUAAAUCGUUGCAAGAAACGAAUGAUGACUCAGAGUGUACAAAACAAUAGUUACAGACGCUACACUAGAAAGAAGCACUUAACGAGGCGUUUUAGCCACUAAUUUCGGCGAAUUUUAAAAAAUUAUUAACAAGAGAUUAAGAGCUUAAAUUUGGAGAUUAUAUUAAGAAUAGUGCUGUUGAGGAAUGCAUUUAUUUUCAUUAUGAUAUUUCAAAAUUUAAAGCCCUUUGAUUUUUUUCUCGGAAACUGGAAGAAAUUAAAAUUUUAAAAUAUAUGCAUAUUUUAGAUAUUAUUGCCUAAUAUAUUUUGCCAAAAUUUUAAUUUUUUAAAAAAAUUACUUUUUGAGAUAUCCUUGUCUCAAAAUUAUAAGGGGGUGCUGUAAUCACCUUAAGAAAUAAAUUUCAGUAAUUAAAUUUAUUUUAGAAAUAUUUCCUGUACACUGGACAUGAGAAUAAAUUGGAGGUUUUUGACUAGGAACGGAGGUGGAAUCUUGGAAGGUGUAAAUUAGAAGUGGAGGGAAAUGUGACCAAUCCAAUAACAAAAUAGUACACCAAAUUUUUUGCUAUGCUACUAAAAUAUUAUUAAAAACAUUUUUUUUUUUUUUUAAAUUGCUGUUGACUAGAGCAAAGCAUAUGGAAAAUUUGUUAAAUGAAUAUUUAGUAAUUUGGAAGUUAUGAUUCAAAAUAAUUUUUGCAGCUCAAUUAAAAGGGACCAAAAUAAAAAGUUUUACAAGGUCUAUCUAAUUUCCAAUGAUGAAUAAGGGUUUGCUCUGUAGUGCCCAAAUUUAGACAAAGUGAUUACAUAUAACGAGCGUGUACAGAAAUGAAGCAGAUUGUCAGCUUAGCGGCAAUUUAUGAACUUAUCGAGUCGGAAGUAGUCACGUCCGACAUUUUCUAUCAUUUUUUGUUGUUGAAAUAUCUUGUAUUUUAUAUUUAUUAGGGGGCGUCCAUUAAUUACGUGAGGUAUUUUUGAGGAUUUUUUGACCCCCCUCCCCUUCCCUCCGGGUGAGAUUUCGUAAGAUUUUCCUCAACUUCCUCCCCCCUCCUGUAAUCUCACGUGUGAGAUUUUUGUCAAGAUUUGUGUUUAGGGUGUAAAUGCGUUGGAUUAUUAAAAAGAACAAAAACACAAUAUGUUCUAUUACUUUUAUUUAAGACUAGCAAAGACUAGUAUUUGAGAAUAUUGCCGUAAUAUAAAAUUUCUAGAAACAUUCUUUACUUUAAUUUAACUUUCACGCAAUUUUACACCGUUUUAUAUUAGAAAAAAAUUACGUCAGAUUUACAAAGACCCCCCUCUCCCCCAAGUGAGAUUUGGAAAGGUUUAGCUUGAUCCCCCCCCUUGAACACCUCACGUAAUUAAUGGAUGCCCCCUUAUCAUUAUUGUUAAGAACAGGCAAGCGACAUAGUCAAUGAAGCUGCUCUUUCAGUUAAUGAAAAAAAUUAUUCUAAAUUACAUCGACAGUUAAAAUUUAAUGUACCAUAAACCAGUGGCGGUUUGGUGCCCUAGUAUAAUAACAAAAAAAAAAAAUAACUUACAUAUUUUAUAUUUUCCUCAAUGCCUAUUAUUAUUUUAUCUAACCAACCGCGUUGGCACGACACUGGACGAUCGGGCGUUGAGCGACGUUCCGAGAAUUCCGAAAUUAAGUGGGCACAUGGCACAGUAAAUGUGUGCCUCUGUUGUUUUCUCUCUCAUUAUGAUGCGAAAAACAAGAGCAACGGCAAUAUCGCUUAGCAAGAGAUGAACAGAUGCGAUGGAUUAUACGUCACAAGCGGGGCGCUGUCCUCAUCGUGACGUGCUGUACCCAUGGCACAGAUUACCUAGACCAGCUACGAACGUACGCAGCGGCAUCUUUACCGGCUCCCUUACAAACGCGAUGCCGGUUUCGGCUUAAGGUGCGCGUUUGUUGGACCAUGAUAAUUUAUUUAUUGUGAUUACGAAAAAACGUUAGUUGGACCUUUGGAAUAGUUAAGAAAUAAAACUACAAAGAAAAAUAACUUUUUUUAUAAAGCAGUCAAAAAUAUGAUGAAAAAAAAAUCAAUAAUAUUUAUAAAUGGGACAAAAUUUUAAUUUUUCUUUUGGUUUUGUCUGACUUUUUCGAGGAUUUCAAAUCUCUGUUUGCAUAUUUAAGAGUAUAAAAAAUUAUGAGUCUUAUAAAUAUUUUAAUGGUGUACAUUUUCGCAAAUCGUUGGCAAGGAUGACCAAAUUCUAUUUUGCUCAUCUCAAAAAGGUAUGCGUUGAAAAUUCCAGGCUUAGUUGACAAACUAUCAAAUAGAGAUAUAAAUAUUUUUUCUAAUUUGAAAAUAUAAAAAAUACAUUUUUUGUUUGGAGAUUUUAAAUUGCCAAACACCUUUUCUUCAGAGUCGUAUGCUUUAAAAUGCUCCUACACGAUGGAAUUUUACAUCGAAGUGUGUCAAUACUAUUUAUAUGUUUAUAAAGAGGAUUUAAUUAAAUGUCUCGAAGAAAUUAUGAACACAGAAUUCGAUAAAAGAACUAUUAAUCAGACUAAAGGGUUGAUAAAUUUUGAAAGACAGAUUUUAGUUUCUGGUUAUUUUUCUUCAGCAAAAUAAUGCCAAAUAGCGAUAGACUUUUUGUUCAACUGCAGAGUAGACAGCUCGAUGCUCUCAAGGUUAAGAUAAACAUAUCAAAUUUUGCAGCAGCUAUUCAAAAUAUUAGAAAUAAUAUAGACACGCUAAUUCAUGAAGAAUGGCAAUUACAACAAGACCCACAAGAACUAAACUUAAACAACAACACCCAAUCAGGUCCAAGUACAAGCAAGAAGAGACGGUUUGUUGAAAAGGAGAUUCCAUUCCUAAUUUAAGGAUAUGUAAGGAAAUUUGUGAUACAAUAGUAGUGCAGGUAAAUUAACAUUUUAGUUUUACUACUCACCUAACAAUUGCAAGUUUAUUUGAUAGUGAAAAAUUUAAAGACUACCGAGAUUGUUUUCCAAAUGAGGACGUUAAAACUGUGUGUAGUUUAUUUCCAAACGUAAACAGCUUAAAAGUCAAAAACGAACUGUCUAUACUUUACACCCGAGAUGACUUUGUGCAACACAAUGGGGCCGUACCGUAAUUACAAAUGUUUUUUGAGAACAAUUUGACAAUUACAUUUUCGGAAUCUGUGGAGCUGCUAACUAUCCUGUGUACAAUUCCCAUGACCACAGUGGAGAGUGAAAGAUGUUUUUCGACACUAAAACGUAUUCAAACAUUUUUAAGGAACACUAUAUGCCAAGAUAGAUUGUGCGCGUUAGCCAUGUUAUCCACCGAAAAAAAAACUUAUUCGGCCCAUUCCAAAUUUUAAUAAUCUGGUCAUCGAUCACUUCGCUAGCCAAAAAUCCAGAAGAAUGGACUUUAAUUAUAAGAAAUAGUUACAACUGCAGCGGUACCUAGCAGUUAGUCUUCAAUUUUGUAAUAUUUAAUUUGUUUUGAAAUAUAUUUUUUUAUUUUCAUUAAGCGGAGAACUUGUUUUCCUAAGGGAAAAACGAAUCCCGGGAUUCCUUUCCAGUGUGUGCCCCACUGCCGCUAGUGCCCACGAGCCGCCACUGCUAUAAACUGUAAUAAUGAAAAAAGUAUUUCUUUCUUCUUUGAGUUCAUUAUUCACUCUCGUCUUGGACUGAUUUAUGUUCUGACCUGAGACUGUAUGUUCCUAGAGAGUUGGUCGCUUCUUAUGAACUGUAUGAACAGUGACAGAGCCAACAUCGCCUGCUCGAAACAUGCUGGUUUUUAUAUGAGGUAAAGAGGGUCUCGGUGUCAGCUUCUACCCGAGUGCUUCUACUAGUCUUAUACGGCAUCAUUUGAAUACAUUAUUUCCAUAUCAACAUACAAUUAAAACUUUCUUAAUAUGUAGAUCACGUCUAUCAAGAAAUAAACCCUUCUGAACUCUUUUCUAUAUGAUUGUCUUUACACUAUCUCGAAUAUCAGGCAAGAUCGAUCUUGUUCUUAUUGACAUAUGCCUAUAAAAUAAACUUGAAAAAAAAUUGCCGUUAGGUACCCAUGAAUGGCUUCAUUCCUUCCUGCACACUGCAGACGAGUAUAUAAUAAUAUAAAAAUGCACAAAAAUAUAUCAUGUUAACUCAUUUUUAUAUAAUAUGUUACAAUUCUAGAUGUUAGAAUAGUUAGGUCUGUUUGUUUUUAUUGUUAAUUAUUUAAAUAUCGUUUUUAGAAAUAGCCGAC